AUGUAUUGUACCAACAUCCGAUACAAUCACAAAGUGGCUGUCUAUAAUUACGACUGGCGGUAUAUGUGUAUCGAGUGUGAUGAAUAUCGUGCGCUUACUGAUGUACCAAAUGACGGUGUUGUUCUGACGCGGUUAUAUCGAAAUUUUGAUUGUCGAAAUGACCCGACAUAUCAAGCCACAGAGCUUGGAACGAUGUUUCUUAGUGCAAAUACAGAACACGAGUGUAACUCUUGGUAUUGUGUGACAACUCAAAUUAAAAAUAUCCAACACGGUGCAUUUAAAAAUUGGAAACAAGGCAGAUGUGUUGUGAUCAAAGCGCCACUUUUAAAGAUCCCCAAUGAAUGUUUUACAAACAGUGAAAACAUUGAGGAAAUUGUUCUUCCACCGACUAUUCAAACACUCGGAAAAAGAGCAUUUUACAAUUGUAAAAGUCUGAAAACUAUUAAUAUUCCAAGCAAUGUCAAAUGUCUUGGAAACAAACUCUUUUGUGGGUGUUCAAGUUUGUCAUACAUCCAACUUCCAAGUAAAAUCACAAAACUUGAAAAAAUGUGUUUUAAAAAUUGCAAAAAUUUAAAAACCGUCGAGACACAAAACAAAAUUAUGGUAUUGGGUGAAGACUGCUUUGCCGGGUGCGAAUCUCUAAAACUCGAUUUUUCGUUUAUAAUUGAAAAUUCUUCACCAAUCGAAUUAUCAAAAUGCCACUUCAAAAAUUGUAAGUGGUUGACUUCGUUUGACAUUCCAUCGUCUGUGACACACAUUGGAGACGACUGUUUCUUUGGGUGCACCGGGUUAACAGAAAUGACUAUUCCCAACACAGUAAUUUCCAUAGGAAGUCGUGUAUUUAACAAGUGUAGUAAUUUAAAAACAUUAUACGUUUCUGAUGGAAUACAGAUGGCUAAACACUGGUUUAAUGGAUUAAAUAAUAUCGAAACUCUUCACUUACCAUUGUGUAUUGAUAAACUGUGUGACUUCAGAUUUUUUAAUAUGAAAAUGUUGAAAUCAGUAAAUCUUCCAACCACGUUGGAAACCGUUGGAAUUGGAUGUUUUAAAGGAUGUGUAUCACUCACAGCAAUAACAAUACCUGACAGUGUCUCUUAUAUUCCAACUUCGUGUUUUGAGGGAUGUGGGUUGGUUAAACUGGUAUGUAAGGCGAAGCGUUUCGGUAACAAAUGUUUUUACGAUUGUGAAGAUUUGGAAGAAGUUUUUACAGAAACGGAUACCGCUGGUGACGAAGCCUUCAUGAAUUGUAUAAAUCUUGUUAAAUUCAAUAAUAACGGAAAGUUGUCUGUUGGAAAAGGGUGUUUUAAAAACUGUGGGAAACUUAAAAAAUUUGUUGGUAAAAUAAAAAAGGUGCCAGUUGGUUGUUUCAUGUUUUGUUCAAGUCUGAAAUCGUUGGGAAUAGAAGAAGAUGCAACUUUGGAUAGAUCAUGUUUAUAUUAUUGUAAAACGUUAAACAUUAAAACAAAUUGGAAAAACAUUGAAAUCGCUUACUCAUUCAAUGAUAACUGA